UCACUUCCGGCGCCUCGCGCGAGUGCCGGGCGCUACCUGGGGUUCAGAGGCUGCGAUUCGUGCGAGACACCCCGAGCUUGGGUCAUGACUCGCAACCUGCGCACGGCGAUGAUUUUCGGCGGCUUCGCCGUCAUCCUGGGCGCCGUCUUCUACCCUAUCUAUUUCCGGCCCCUGAUGAGGACCGAGGAGUACAAAUUGGAACAAGCUAUAAAUCGGGCUGGUAUUGUCCAAGCAGAUGUGCAGCCACCAGGAUUAAAAGUGUGGUCUGAUCCGUUUGGAAGGAAGUGAAAAGGCUUGUGUCUGAUCUGAAUGGGAAAACAAACAUCAUCAUCGCUUCUGUUCUCUUAACAAAUAUAGGUCAUCUCUGUGGAGUGAUAACUGGAGAAGACAGAAUUUUAUAAUGGAGUAAAUGCUAGUAGUUCCCAUAAAUAUUAAUUCUGAGAAUUAAUAUUAAAUUUUUCUGAAGUUUCAAAACACCACCGAUGCAAGUUACUCUGUUAGGAAGUUGGGGGUGGGGGGAUGUAUGUGUGAAUUUGUUAACUAAAUCUCUCCAUUUUGGGUAAAGAACAGAUCUACUUAUUAUUAGUCGGUCUCUACAACCCAGGAGUUAUGAUUGAAAUAUGGAAAGUACAACACACUUGGGAAGAUCUUUCUACUCCCUUGUGUAUUACCAUUUCCCAGACAAGCUACUAAAAUGAAGAUUUCAGUAAGCUGCCUUGUGAGAUGUGGAAAUGUUGGAACCAAGAAAACCUUUUGGACUCUGCCAUGUGCGGCUUAUUAAUAGGCACAUAGUCCAUCUUACAUCUUAUUGAAGACGCCUUUGUUUUUGAAUGUAAAUAUGAAAUAAUGUGAGUUUGGGAUCUUUAAUAAGAAUACAUGGAUGUGGAUUUCAACUUUCCCACUUACAAGUUUUGUGAAACUCUAGAUCUCAGUUUUUCCUCUUAUAAAAAUAGGUAAAUUGGACAAGAUAAUCCAAUCCCUUCCAGUUUUAACAUUGUAUGAUUAAGUUACUUUGCAUAUGUGGUGGAAAUAAAUGUAGGAUUAAUACAAGUGUAAAUGUGUACAUUAAAACCAUUUGUUUAACUUUG